GGGGCGCGCUCCAGGUGUCGGGUGUUGGGGACAAGAUGUGACGGAAUGCACCUGUGCUAGCAGCCCUGCUUCCGGUUCGGGACUCCAGAGAAUAAAUUUGAGGUGGAUGGAGAUGUGGGCACAGUUUUUUCCCUUCGCUGCCGCCGCACCCCCAGUCAUGCUCCGCAGCCCGUGAGUUUGGCGGCUGGAUCUCCCGGAACGCCAUCGGGCGGGACCUCAGAACGCGCCAUGGAGGAAGGCGCGUCCCGCAUCCGCCGGCGGGUAUCCGUCCACAAGAGGACCCGGCCCGGCUCGGCCAGCGCGUGCGCCGCCCCUGCCGAGGCCGAGCGCGCGCCCGGGGAGGCCGAGGAGGAGGAGGAAGAGGGCGCCGGGGCCCGGCGGAGAAAGACCGCGCAGCCCGCGGAGGCGCAGCCCGCGGAGGCGCAGCCGGCCGAGGUACACCCGGCAGGCAGCUCUCGGCCAUCCCGUUCACCUGGGCAGACCCCGGUCAUUCCGACCUCGCAGCAACCCGGGGCUGGAGACCAGCAUUAUGACAGUGAAGAGGACAUGUUUGGUGACUAUGAUAGCUUUAGUGAAAAUUCCAUUUUGGCUCAAGUUGAGGACCUGGAACAGAGAUAUAUGCAACUUCCUGAACAGGGAAAACAUGCUACAGACUUGGCCAGUGAAGAUCUUCACUCAGAGAGCAUCAAAAACGAACUCAGUGUUACUCAUGUAAGUGACUUUACUGAAUGCAAAACCAAUGAGCAGACAGAGAACCAGACUGGGGGUGAAGAUGCCGCUGCUGAACCUGGAGAUGAUCCUUUGUAUGAUGUACCAUCUUCCCAAGUUUUAUGUUUUGACGACCUGCAGAGCUCUUCAGAUGAUUUGCACCACCAGUCCACACAAGAAAGGGACAGGAGCUCAUCCUCUCACAAGACUGGGAAUGAAGAAUUGCAACACCAGCCAAAUGAUGAAAUGUCUUCUAAAGUCCAAACUAGUUCAGACACAAAUAGGAGAAAAAGUAUUAAGGAUUUUCUAAAAAGCGCCAUGACUGGAAAUGCUAAGGCCCAAAUACCAGUAUUUUCUAGGAAUAAACAGCUCAAAGAGGCACUCCUUUCUGAAGAGAUGAAUGUUGCUAAGGAGACAAUUGAGUCAUCAUCCAGUGACCUUGGUCCCUUCUAUUCAUUACCCAGCAAAGUGAGAGACCUUUAUGUUCAGUUCAAAGGAAUUGAAAAGUUAUAUGAAUGGCAACAUACCUGCUUAACACUGAGUUGUGUGCAAGAACGAAAAAAUUUAAUUUAUUCCUUGCCAACAAGUGGUGGGAAAACCCUUGUAGCUGAGAUCUUAAUGCUACAGGAAUUACUUUGCCGGCGAAAAGAUGUUUUAAUGAUUCUUCCAUAUGUGGCACUUGUUCAAGAAAAGAUUUCAGGUUUAUCAAGUUUUGGUAUAGAACUCGGUUUCUUUGUUGAAGAAUACGCGGGAAGCAAAGGAAGAUUUCCCCCAACUAAAAGAAGGGAAAAGAAGUCACUGUACAUUGCCACAAUUGAGAAAGCACAUAGCCUGGUGAACUCCUUGAUUGAAACCGGAAGAAUCAGUAGUCUGGGUCUGGUUGUCGUAGAUGAGUUGCACAUGAUUGGUGAAGGGAGCCGUGGCGCGAUACUGGAAAUGACCCUCGCAAAAGUCAUCUACACAAGCAAAACAACUCAAAUUAUUGGUAUGAGCGCAACGUUAAACAAUGUCAAGGACCUGCAGGAGUUUCUUCAAGCAGAAUAUUACAGCAGUCAGUUUAGACCAGUUGAAUUAAAAGAAUAUCUGAAAAUAAAUGAUACAAUAUAUGAAGUGGACAGCAAAGCUGAAAGCAGCAUGACUUUCUCACGCCUCCUCCAUUAUAAGUAUUCUGAUUCCCUGAGAAAGAUGGAUCCCGAUCACUUGGUGGCUUUGGUAACGGAGGUUAUACCCAAUUAUUCCUGCUUAGUUUUUUGUCCCAGUAAGAAGAACUGUGAAAAUGUAGCAGAAAUGUUGUGCAAAUUUUUAGACAAGGAAUACCUGAAGCACAGAGAGAAGGAGAAGUGUGAGCUGAUGAAGAACUUAAGGAGCAGCAGCAGCGGCCACCUGUGUCCUAUCCUGAGGCGCACUGUGCCCUUUGGGGUCGCCUACCACCACGGUGGCCUCACAGGCGAGGAGCGAAAGCUGCUGGAGGAGGCCUACUCGGCCGGUGUCCUCUGCCUUCUCACCUGCACGUCCACCCUGGCAGCGGGGGUCAACCUGCCCGCACGGAGAGUUAUUUUAAGAGCUCCCUACGUUGCUAAAGAAUUUUUAAAGAGGAAUCAAUAUAAACAGAUGAUUGGCAGAGCUGGCCGUGCUGGAAUAGAUACCACUGGGGAAAGUAUACUUAUAUUGCAAGAAAAAGACAAGCAAAAGGUCUUGGAGCUAAUAACCAGACCACCAGAAAACUGUUACAGUCAUCUUGUUCAGCAAUUCACCAAGGGAAUCCAAGCUUUGUUUCUCUCUUUGAUUGGCUUGAAGAUUGCAACAAAUCUUGGUGACAUAUAUAACUUCAUGAAUGGUACAUUUUUUGGUGUUCAGCAAAAGAUUUUAUUGAAAGAAAAAAGCCUCUGGGAAAUGACUGUCGAAUCACUUAGAUAUCUGACAGAAAAAGGGCUCCUCCAGAAAAAGCCUGUUUCAGAGUCUGGCGAAGAGUUGCAAUGUCAUUUUCAUAUUACAAAAUUGGGGCGAGCUUCUUUUAAGGGAGCAAUCGACCUGGCUUACUGUGACACUCUCUACAGAGACCUGAAGAAGGGUCUGGAAGGGCUGGUGCUUGAAAACCUCCUUCAUCUGAUCUACCUGACAACUCCUUAUGAUCUGGUUUCUCAGUGUGACCCUGAUUGGAUGAUAUACUUCAGGCAGAUCAGUCAACUCACCCCCGCUGAGCAAAACGUAGCCACACUCCUUGGCGUCUCCGAAAGCUACAUCGCAAAGAAGGCCUCAGGUCAAACCACCAGGAAGAAAGUGGACAAGAACAUUGUCAACAGACUCUACCUCUCUUUUGUCCUCUAUGCCUUGCUCAAAGAGACCAACGUUUGGAGCGUGUCUGAAAAAUUUAAUCUUCCUCGAGGAUCCGUACAAAAUCUGCUCACUGGCGCUGCUUCCUUCUCAUCCUGUGUGUUACAUUUCUGCGAGGAGCUUGAGGAGUUUUGGGUGUACAGAGCCCUUCUGGUGGAGCUUACCAAGAAGCUGACGUACUGCGUAAAGGCAGAGCUGAUUCCACUCAUGGAGGUCUCUGGAGUCUUAGAGGGUCGAGCAAAACAGUUGUUCAGUGCAGGUUACAGAAGUCUAAUGCACUUGGCCAGUGCGGAUCCUGAAGUGCUAAUAAGGACAAUCGAUCAUUUGUCACGACGCCAAGCCAGGCAAAUUGUUUCAUCUGCCAAGAUGCUGUUGCAGGAGAAGGCGGAAGCUUUGCGAGAAGAGGUGGAGGAGUUGCUGAAGGUACCUGCUGAUGUCCCCAGUGCUGCGGCCUCUCCAGCCCAAACGCCUAAAGCAACCUAGUGCACAAUUUUAAGUUCCAAUAGCUGUAUUUAUUGCAUGUGUUUUAUUAAAGAUUCCCUACCCUCUGUAAAU